AAGAAAAUAAAGGCUGAAAAUUAAAAAAAUUACCCAUUUGAGUCUCUCCAAGGAAAUACAAGGGCACAUCCUGCAAUUCCUUUAACCAUUUCUGAAUUGUUCAUCUUUGCCUCAUGAAGCUGGUUGAUGGUUAGGGCUUCAUUUCUGGUGCAGUUAGGGCUUUCGACAAAUUCAUGGCGGCUGCUAAUCCUCAGCCUUUGCAAGCGCGUCCUUUCCAGGAACAUGUCCAAGUUCCUUCAAUGAUGGGGGACGACGACGGUGAAUAUGAAGAUGGUGGUGGUGGUGGUGGUGGCGGCGGCGGCGGCGGCGGCGGCGACGUUAUGGAUGAUGUCGAAGAGGCUCGUAUGACUUCAGUGAGCGUCGCGAACCUUGGGGGGUUGGUUAUGGCGUCUAGAACUAGUGAACUUACGCUUUCUUUCGAGGGCGAGGUUUAUGUGUUCCCUGCAGUUACUCCCGAAAAGGUGCAAGCCGUGCUCUUACUUCUUGGAGGGCGUGACGUACCAACCAGUGUACCCACAAUGGAAGUACCAUAUGAUCAUAUUAACAGGGGUAUGGUUGACACCCCAAAGCGCUCCAACUUAUCACGGAGAAUAGCCUCCCUGGUUAGAUUUCGUGAAAAACGGAAAGAGAGAUGUUUUGACAAGAAAAUUAGGUACACCGUACGGAAAGAGGUUGCACAGAGGAUGCACCGUAAGAAUGGCCAGUUUGCAUCCUUAAAAGAAAGUUCAGGUGCUUCAAGUUGGGAGUCAGCACAUAGUUGCCUCCAAGAUGGUACUCGUUCAGAAACUGUUUUGCGGAAAUGUCAACAUUGUGGUGUUAGUGAGAACAAUACACCUGCAAUGCGUCGUGGCCCUGCUGGACCAAGAACUUUAUGCAAUGCAUGUGGUUUGAUGUGGGCAAACAAGGGCACGUUGAGAGAUCUCAGCAAGGGAGGGAGAAACGUGUCUGUGGAUCACACGGAACCUGAAACCCCAAUGGAUGUCAAACCCACAAUCAUGGAGGGAGAAUUUUCGGGCAUCCCGGAUGAACAUGUACUACUCUAUUUUUCUCUCCAUUACAAAUACUCCUUCCAUUUGGCUAGCUUGUGUUAUCUGCAAGCCAAUGCACAUACAAUAUGCAUGCAGGGAACUCCCGAGGAUCCUGGUAAAACUAUGACUGAAGGCUCGAGUAAUCCUUCUGUUGACCUUGAUGAGGAGGAAGACAUAAAUGAAACCACUGGUGGCCAAACAAAUUCGUUGCCCAUGCAAAUUGUCAAUGAUUCAACAAAUGAUGAUGAGCAGGAACCUCUUAUUGAACUUGCUAAUCCUUCGGAUACCGAUAUAGACAUCCCCACUAACUUUGAUUAGAAGGUAAAUCGUUUGCUUAGGCAACGGGUCAAGGAGAUUUCAAAUAAUACGUUGGCUGUUAAUAAUUUCUUGUGCCGUCAUAAAUCCUAGAUGUUAAAAGUUAGUAUCAACAAUGGAGUGGCAGAUAGGACUUGUAUAAUUACAAAAACGUCCAUGACAUAAGGUUCAAGUGUGCAGUGGUCAUCUUUCAACCCCAGGAGGUUGCACGCUGCUUUCAGCUAACGUUAGAUUGUCCGACGAUGUUGAUAUUUCUGCCAGAAACUGUUUGUGUUCUCUGUACAAGUCGAGUUGUUAGAGGAUUCACUUGAGUUCUUCCAUCAGUUUAUGAUCUGAGUGAUUCAUUUAGUAGGGUGGUUACUCUUGAUUCAAUUUCAUUGGAAGUCUUCUUCCAUAAUUUAUCGUCAUAAUGAUGAAGGGAUCAAAUCCUUGUUGUGUUUGUAUCUUAAGAUAGACCUUUGUGUUGCUUCUAGUUGACAAUGUUAUUAUAUACAAUGACUCAUUAAGCAAUUGGUAAUAGAAUAAACUUGCACAUUACUAGCCU